AUGAGCUCACAGCGAUCAAGCGUUGUUCCGCAGGACUUCCUCGCGCGAAUCAGAUAUUCCAAUGCGCUCCCUCCUCCGCCAUGUCCUCCCAAGCUGCUCGACAUCCCCAACACGGGUCUUUCGAGUGGACAAUACACGUCAGCCAGUUUCGCGUCGAGGCUUGCACGAGAACAGCCGCUGAAUAUUGAGGCCGAUGCCGAGCUUGGUAUGCCCAUCGACUUGGUGGGCAUCCCUAAGGUGUUCGAUGGAGACGAAUCAGCUAUCCAAGCCAUGGCUCACCCGCCACCACUAUGCGCUGCUGAUCGAGCGCUGAUGCGACCACCCAAUGCGCUUGGCAAAGCGCACAACAAUGCUUCCGGCACCUCAUUCCUGCGACGUACCGAAUACAUCACCUCGAGCACGACUGGCGGUUCGAAAUUCGAGUCUAGUAAUUCGUCGAACACGAUGCGCGUACGACGGAAGCGAAAGCUCCAAGACACCUCCGUAGAUGACCCUCUCAACAUCUCCAGACACAUCCUCAAGGGCUUCAACCUUGCAUAUCCAGCCGAUGCCUACAACGGGCAAGACAGCGCAGAGAAGAUACGCGCAGCAGAUAUCUCAGCUGAAGAGCGGCAAGCCUGGAACAAUCCCAAGAACACAAAGAACCCAAACCUAAGGCUGCUCGACUCAUACCCAUUGCUGCCGGACUGGGAUGCCAUGACGGACACAGGCGCUUACAUGAUGUUCAAGUACACGGCCGCCCCUAUCAACAACCCCCUCGACUCCACAUAUGAUCCCCGUCUCGACGUAGCGCUCUUUCGUCCCGCAGGACAGUCGAUCAAAGACCAAGAACUGUACAUGCAAGAAAAGGAGGCGCAGAAAGAGGACCCAACAGCGCCAGCACCGACAUCGAGGUUCCACUUCGAAUUCUUCAUCCCUAGUAGCAGGGACAGAGUCUACGACAUUCAGCGCAACUUCACAACCAACGACCCCAGUGCCGACGACAUCACAUUCGACGGCGAAGGUGAAGACGACGAAGGCCGCCCCCGCAAGUUCUUCAAAUAUGACAACAUCCGCACAUACGAGACCUCGCAACAGGUCGCCUGCGAAGAUGUGUACGGUGACGUUGUCGCAAUGGUCCUCCACGACCCAGAAAAGCACCGGGCGAAGGUUCUGCGUAGCACGAAGCUACAAAAGGCUGCAUACUUCUACCCGAUUAUUCAAAAGACAAGCAUCAGGCCAAGGAGACCAGGACACGUCGAAAUGGUGGAGGAACAGCAGAGAGUCGAUGUUAUUGAGGCGGCGGGCAAAGAACCGGGGAACGAAAGCGAGAAGAGAGACUCGUACAGGAGGAAGGCUGAGCCUGUGGAGGCGUGA